AUGGUGGAGUUUAUGAAAAUGCAUCCGGAUUUGGCAAAAGGACACCUAAAUGUUGCAAAUGCCAAAAGUAAGUGUAGAGAAUUGUGGCAAAGGUUAUCGCAAGAUUUAAAUGCUGCAGGUCCACCAUCACAUGAGACUGAAAAGUGGAAAAAGGUAUGGGCAGAUUUCAAGCAGCACAUUAAGGUUAAGUCCCGCCGUAACAAAAGUAGCCUUUCUGGAACUGGAGGAGGACCAAGUAAAUACUGUUCUUUAACACCACUGGAAGAACAAAUUGCUGAAUUACUUGCCAUUAAUGUUUCUACUGAAGGGAUGAGUGGCACGACAAGAUAUGGGGCAGAAACACAUAAUCCUGCUACUACAAGCAUUAGAGACGAAGAUGCAAUACAAGAAGGCAUUACAAUAUCUAGCAGUGACAUAGCGGUAAACCCUUCUGAGGAAAAUUUAUUUGAUUCUUUAAAUGUCCAUAAUCCACGUAGACAUAACCGUAAAAAUUGUUCCAAUAAGCCGGCUUUAUUAGAGAAACAGGUUCAAAAUCAAAUAAAAUAUCAAGAAAGCUCAAUAGAACUGUUAAGCAAAUGUGACGAAAAUCAGAAAAAUAUUAGAAGAGAAAUGAAAGAAAUAAAUACGAACCUUUUAACUGCCAAUAAAUACUUAAAAAGGAACAGUGAUUUCCAGGAACGUAUUUAUAAAUUGGAAAAAGAAAAGUUGGAGUUUUAUAAAAGAAAUGAAUUGGAAAAACACGAACAAAAGGAACGUAUUUAUAAGCUUAAAAAGGAAAAGUAUGACUUUUUAAAGAAAAAUUAA